AUGUCUGAGAUCAGCGUUCUGGGCUUCAAGCCCUCUUCCCAAUCGUCAGACACUGAUACUGUCCACUGGGCCGUCCUAGUAUCUCCCGCGACGACCAACGGGGGCGAAGCGUCGAAAUCAAAACCGCGAUUCUUCUCGCACAGAUAUUCAAAGUCGAGCGGCCACUCUCAAGAAUGCGAAUCGCAACUCUUCGACAUGCACGACCAUCGACCCCGACAACAAAAGUAUCCUGUGCCGGUCAAGGCUGCUGGGGAAUCUUCAUCGUCGACAUCGAUAUCGUCGUCAAUAUCAUCAUCAUCACCAUCAGCCGAGCAUAUACAAGACAACGACUCGAAUAUGAACUGGUCCAAUGGGAUACAGGAGCCAGUAUUGUCUCCAUCUCCAUCUUCCAGCACUUCAACAGCCACAACCACAAGCAUCACCUCCCCAACCAACCAACCCCUCCCACUCUACCUACGCAUCAAACUCGGAACACACCGUUCGUCUCCUCCGAAGCUGGCGCAGAAACUGUCGUCCUUACUCUACGAUACACCCACAUACGGGCCCGAAGACGACUGGCUUCGAGCGGUGCUCGACAUGCUGACUGGAUCUGGGAUUCUCGACACCAACCAUAUCACCACCACCACCACCGGGACUACCUCGACUACCUCGACUAGCAGCAACAAUCUCGCUGUUCCAAGUUGGAGUUACGACACUGGUCGGAUCCUCGAUUUUGCAUGUGAGGCAGCUAGAGAAGCCACCGCUCAGCAUGAAGAUGAGAACCCCAAUCUCAGAUCCACUACCAGUCCGGUCUUGGAACUAGAUUACGCAGCAGACAUGGCCCGGACAGCCGGCGUGAAAGCAACGUUUGUACAACCACACCACAACCACAACAAUUCCUUUUCACGUCGGUCCACUCGGUCCUCGGCGUCUCUGCGUUCGUCGCCGACGUCCACGCCACGCACACAGUCGCAGACACAUCUUCAAGAACAGAUUGUGGGUGGUUCUGAUCCAGCUGUUCAAACUUCUUCAGCUCCAGUUACAACUCCAGCUGUAACUCCAGCUGCAGUGGCAGUUCCGACUCCAACCCCUGGUUCUGAACAACCUCAGUCGCAACCUCAACAGCAAUCACAUCAACUACAGCCACAGCCACAACCAGAACCACAACCACAAUCACAAGCUCAAUCAUACGCUUCCAUAAUUCCACCAGACGAGCCUCCUCCAGCAUAUACCCUCUCCAAUCCACCAGAUCCGACACACCGCAAUUGGCCUGCUCCUAUUCCUGUUCCAGUGCCAGAACCGAGUCAGGUCUCUGCGCCAGGCGCGACACCGUUCGCGACCCCCAACAGCAAUAACACAAAUAACAGCAAUAGCAAUAGCAAUAGCAAUAGCAUCGCCGCCACUCGCUCUAAAUCCAAAUCCAAAUCCAGAAAGGACCCCACACCAGCACUACGUUCAGGCCGGUAUAAGUCUUUCCUCGGCCUGCGCAUCUCCUCAUCCCCCAACGCGUGUCACGGACUUGACGACAACAGUAACAGCCGUAAUAAGACGAGAUCGAUGCGGCAGAAAUGGAGUUUCGAGAGACAGGAUGAUCCGUAUGGGGGAUUGAUGUAG